UCAGCUGGAGGCAGCAAUAAACAGAAGCAAAAUCUGCAGCGGAAAAAAAAAUAGAGGAGAAAAAAAGCUGCAGAUGUUAUGAUCUGAAAACAUCAGUGUAAAAUUUUUACACGAAGCCCUUCUUCUAAGAAGAAAGCCUUUUAUUUUUGUAUAAUGGUGUUUUAACUACCUCACUUAAAGGCUAUCUAAAGCUAUGCUUUAAGAAUUGUUGUCGUUUCUACUGUGUGUGAGAUCUCGUUUACAACUUGAAUAACACUGCAAAGGCAGGCCUUUGCUCCAAACCAAGUGAAACCUUACAUUUGCACUACAGAAGCCUGUCCACUCCUGUUUGUCAAAACCGAGAUCCAGCAAAGGGCUUCAAGUGAAAAAAAAAAAGAGACUCAAAAGAUCAGACAAAGAAUUGCAUAAAACAGCAACAAGCGGUACAUAAACACAAAUAAGAAAUUCAAAAAGGCAGCUACAGCUUUUUCUUUUGUGGACAACAAAGAGCACCCAAGUCAUCAACACUUGACGGUACAAGCAGUCAUGUUUCAGCGGCUGAGCAACCUGCUGUUCGGGGAGGUAGAAGAGGUGGCAGCCGAGCUGAAGGGACCCAACCCCUGUGUGACGGAGGCCGACGAGGAGGGAUGGAUGCUCGUCAACCUGCCUGAAGAGUCUGACUGCAUGAUGCAGGCAGAUGAUGAGACGGGAGCCCCAUUGAUUGCACAAUCAUCCCCAGACAGUAACCUAUCACAUCAUCAAGACACACAUACAAGGACUGAAUGCCCGGCCCCUCCUAUUCCUCACCCGUCUCACAAGCGCCGUAGAACACAUAAAGGUCAGGCGCGAGUUGCGUUAGCAUCAUCAGACCGCCUGUCUUGCCCCACCACUAGCCCAUCAGACUUGGGUGCCACCACACCCGUGACCCUGCCAAGGCGGGCCAGACUGUCCACGCCCUCCUCCACCCCAUCGAUGUCCCCUGGCUCUGGGAGUGAGUGUGGGGGCAGUGGGGGUAGCAGUAGGGCAGGCUCAGAGAGAGGCUGCAUGGAUGAGAGCUGGUUUGUCACCCCUCCCCCCUGUUUCACUGCAGAGGGAGCCACAGCAGAGGCCAGCCCCAUGGAGGACCUGCUCAUCGAGCACCCCAGCAUGUCUGUGUACGUCUCCCCGAACAAUUUGUCCAUGGUCUCCAACAGCAACCUGUCUGUGGUGGGAGAGGAAAGCAUUGUCAGCCUGGCGAGCAGCGUGAGCAGAGUGGCUGAACCAGCUGCUGCCCCCGCCACUCGCAGCACUAUGCCCACCAGGGUGAGCCGUGGAGCAGCUGCCCAGGCUGGUGCUCUGGCCAAGGUCACUCAAGUGGCAAGGGUCCAGCGUAGCAAAGCCCGCAUUGAGAGGCGCCAUCUGAGCCGCAACCGCAUCCAACGCCAAAACCGCACCAGGGAGCAGGUCCCUCGUCACGCAGCCCACGCCAGAAACACCUUCCUUCACCAGCCCAGCAAGCGUAACUUCUGCCACUAAACUCCCAAGCAGCCGGGGGAUCGUAUACUCUGAGGGCAUUAGACACACACCCAAGACACACAUGAUAAAAUAGUUUCACCCACAGCAUAUUUUCUUUAAAUUCUUCACAUUAGAUCCUAUUAACUCAGAUACCAGUAAACCAGUAGCUCUUAUCUUUUGGUUUAUACACAAACUGACUUCACCUGGUAGUUUUAUGCCCCGUUGUGCUGUUAUGAACCGAGCCCUCUGAGUAGAUCUGUGUAGAUCUUUAUUAUACUUAUUGUCCAUUGCAGUAUCCAAACAACUAAAAAAAAGUCUUCAAAAUAUUUACAAAGAUUAUACUUAGUAACAAUAAUAUCUGAAAAACAACAAAAAUUUUUUAGAUCUAUUGAUUUUCUUUCCUAUCUUAGUCAAAUCUUUUUUUCUCAAGUCUACCAUUACAUCUCCCCAACACUUUGUUAAAUUUGACGACAAUGAUUUGAAAUUGAAAUAACCAAGUGUACUUCCCUCUUUAAUGGAGGAACAGACUUCUCUGGAAACAGUGCAAGACAGAGACAAGUUAAGUCUUAGCAUCUUUUCAGCAGAAACAACUCAUCAUGUCUUCAAUGCUUUGAAUUUAAAGGGGACUCUAGCAAAAUAUGACUUCACUUUUAUUUAGAAGAGGUGGAAGGAUAUACCGUGUGUGGCGAGAGUGAGAGGAAGAUCACUACACAUUUGUUUCUCUCCAGUUUGCUUUGCCAAUAUGCGAAGUGAAACACAAAGGCAGGGAAACAUGGAGCAACCUGUUUCAUCAUAGGAAGUACAAUGUUGUGAGAUUUCUCUCUUCUCACUUUGUGAAGGUAGAGAGUAAGUAGACGAUGGUGAAGGUGUGAGCAAAACAGACUAAAGAGUAAAAGAAAUGACAUGAUUUAGAACUAGAACUAGAACUAAAAUGAAUGUGGUUAAUAUGAAAUGGUCAUAGGAAAGUGUUAUGUAACCCUCAGAGCAGCCUGUGAAUGAGUUAAAUUAAACAUCGGACUGUAUUGAAGGGCCUUUAGAAAAUGCCCCUUGAUUUCAUCUUUCUUUUAAUAAUGAAUAAGGUAGUUUCUUUUUGUGCAGGAUAAUGAAAGGAUAAUGAAGGACAGUGAAAGGAUGCAGGGUUUGCCUUUGGGUUACAGGGUCUGGAAGGUUGUAGUAAGUAAAGAGCGGUAUUGAUGGCAACUCUUUAUUUUGUUUUGUUACACAGUUUUCUGCUCAUUUUGACUUUUAAUUUGUAAUAUUAUUUUAUGGUCUCUCUCUGUGUGGUUCUAGCAAAGAAAGAACAGAAAGUCCCGUUCCUGUCAGACAAACAGAAAGUACACAUUUGGUUUUUAAAGCCAACAAAUUAAAAAUCACUCCCCAUGGAUCAUACACAGCAUGGUGAUCAUUAAAUGUGUGAUCUGUAAACUAAAGUUAUGUGCCCAGCACACGAGUCAUGUUCAUCCACAGUGUGUGCUGUGAUCUUACGUUAUCCAUGUGAACACCAAAAAGAAAGUACAAUCUAUUUACACAUCAGUUCCUUACAUUAAAAAAAAAAGUCACUGACUUCCAAGGACGCAAUUGUUAGGGAAAAAAAAGGGGAAGUAAACAUCUCCUUAAAGCCCAACAACAAGCAUCUUCCCCCUACAUCUUUCUCAUGGACGUGCGACACAUUUUCUACUAACAUCUACUCCAUUGUUGUCUUUCCCUUUGUCCUUAGCACAUCCAGCUCUAACAGUGUCCACUUAAAGAUCUAGCUUACUGAUAUGUGUUCAACAACAAUAGUAAACAAUGGUGCUGAAGUGUAUACUAAUGUUUGUAAAUUAUCUGAGACAUGGAUGUAAGUUUGCACUGUCAUACAUUUUGUGAGUCGAAGUUUUAGCAGUGUGCUGUGUGCUUGUUUUAUUUUUUGUUUUUCUUUUGUGAUUUUUUUUCCAUUUCUUUUUGUUUUGAUUCAAACUGUGUGUGAGAAGGUGUACUGACACGUUAAAUGCUAGAAACUCUUUUGAAAAAAAAAAAACCUGAAUAAUGGUCGUUUAUUUCUCUUGUAAAUAUUACAAAACAAUUUAUAACGCUCCGUUAGAUGUCAAAGCCUCUCAGGAUUUGAGUCCACAACGUUGUGUCCAAUGGGACUGAUGAGAAUCCUCUCUCUGCCUCACCUCUGUGCUCAUUAACAAAUCAAGAGGGCACUUCAGUGGCCAAAAGUGAUGUUUUUUGCCCCCAACUUCAGUCUCAUCUUUGUUGAGACGCACCAUACAAGCAGCACUAGACUAAGAGUUGAUGUGCCAUGGGAAAACACUGCCCUCCAGAGGGUCCACUUAGCACAGCACUUGUAUGGAUGCUGGUGAGGAUACAGUACAAUGACCUGAUUUUAGCAUCUGUACUGGUGUGUUGGAAGGACAGACUGAGAGUUUGGGGAUUCAUUUGGUUUGUUUGGAAAAUGCAAAUGUCUUUUCUCAUUAAAUCAUCUACAGAAAUAAGAAAAUAUUUAUUUUCCCUUGAAUCACAUACCACAAUUAUUUGUUUUUUUUUCCAUUUCUGCCAAUAUUCAUAUAUAUAUAUGUUAAUUUAUAAUAUAAUUAUGAAUAUUUUUGUUUUUGUUUUGUUUUCAAAGAUGACUAUUAUGUAUCCUGUUGAUUCCUCUAAACAGUGAAGGGAAUGCAUCUGAGGUGAUGAGUCUAAUAUGCACACGCAAAUAGUGAUCUCUCUGAUAUUUAGGCUUCCACCUACCCUAUGGGCUUACUAUUCUGUUUGUGCCUCAGAGGCUGAAUUUUGUUUGCCUGUUGAUACAAAAAAGUACAUACAGAAUGAAAACAGAAUAACAAUGAGAGAUCACAGGUGGAUGUGUGUGUACAAAAUGUAAAGCUCACCACAGAUACAUCUGCCGGUGCAAAUCUGUCUUUUUUUUCUUCAAUUUUUUUUCCUUCCUUUUCUCACCAAUGUCAUGUAAAAAGGCAGUGAGUUCUCAGUAUGUUGUGUGUGAUUAUUGAUAGGUGUGCUUGAAGAGUGGAUGUCAUCCAACAAUGGGAAGAGGGAGUGGUCACCCACUGUGUGGAGCCUAAAUGACAUGGGAGAUGUGGGCAGGGAAAGGAUGAGGCAGGAGACAAAUAGUUUAUAUAUUUAAAAAAAAAAAAAGAAAAUUAAAUUAAAUGUAUCAGAAAAAAUACAAUAGAAUAUGCUUGUAUUUUCCCA